GGCGUGCGGCCACGACAUAGACAAAGAAUUGCACGUUGGGACGGCCCACCGGUCGGGUGGCCAUGUUCUUUUACCUUACCAGCUUCAAGACUAUCCCUUUGAAUCUAAGACUCUAUCCCCCUUCAGAACUCAAAAGUCACUCCCUCCUCCAAAAUGACAACCAAAUGCCCAUAACCUUCCAUCUUCCAAGCUUUCUCUGCCAAACUUCUCUUCUUUAUCUUUCUCUCUCUAAAUUCUCCUCUCUUUCUGUAUCAUAUGAGGACGCUGUGCCCCAACUUGGACCGAGAAGAUGGGCUCGAGACCGUACUUGAAGUCCCAAUCCCAGAAGAGGUGUUCUCUUUCAACAAGAACUGGUCAUGGCAGAACAUGAAAUCAUGGAUGAAAUCACACACAGAAAGAUCACCACCGUCUCGAAACACAGAGAUUCAACUACUGCUUGGCGUCGUUGGUGCGCCACUCAUCCCUUUUCCCAUCCGCUGUGAUCAACCCAUCAACAACAACAUCAAAGACUACACCAUAGAGGCUUCAAUGGCGAAAUAUAUAGUGCAGCAGUACAUAGCAGCGACGGGGGGAGAGAAGGCGUUGAACUCCAUUGAUAGCAUGUACGCAAUGGGGAAGGUGAAGAUGACGGCGUCGGAGUUCGUCGCCGAUGAGAGUUUAGGUUUAGGUUGUAACGGAUUGAGUAACAGCAAGGUGAUGAAGAUGAAGAGUGUGAGAAAUGGGGGAGGAGAGGUGGGUGGGUUCUUGUUGUGGCAAAAGAGGCCUGAUUUGUGGUGUUUGGAACUGGUGGUUUCUGGGUGUAAGAUCAGUGCUGGUAGUGAUGGUAAGGUGGCUUGGAGGCAGACUCCAUGGCACCAUUCCCAUGCUUCUCGUGGUCCUCCUAGGCCACUUCGUCGUUCCUUACAGGGUCUUGAUCCAAGGUCCACUGCCAUUUUAUUUUCCAAUUCCAUCUGCAUCGGUGAGAAGACUAUCAACAACGAAGACUGCUUUGCACUGAAGCUUGAAGCUGAGUCCUCAACACUGAGAGCAAGAAGCAGCAGCAAUGCUGAGAUACUGAGACACACUGUUUGGGGCUACUUCAGUCAAAGAACAGGCCUCUUGGUGAAACUUGAAGACACUCACCUCAUUAAUAUCAAAGUCCCUGGAAAUAACAGUGUCUUCUGGGAGACGACCAUGGAGUCAUUAAUACAGGAUUAUCGGAUCCUCGAUGGCAUUAACAUCGCACAUGCUGGUAGUACGUCUGUUUCAUUAGUGAGGUCUGGUGAGAAUUCAGAAAGCCAUUCCAGUACGCAAAUGGAAGAGGAUUGGACGAUUGAAGAAGUGGACUUUAACAUCAAGGGACUGUCGAUGGAUUGUUUCUUGCCUCCUGGGGACUUGAAGAAAGAGGAAGAGGGAUGUGGUGCUGUGAACAGCAAUGUUACAACGAGCAAUGCCCGACUACCAUUCAAGGUUAGAGCCACUUCGUCGAGGCUUGGUGUUGCAAAGGUUGUGGCUGUUGAAGAAGAUGAUUUGGAGGACAUUGAAGGGGCAAAAGAAUUGUAAAUCUAGAAUAUUCAAUCUGUUCUCAUUUUUGUAAAUAUAGUUCAAGGAUCAAGGAUCGAGUCUGAAUUGAUUUGCUGAGUUAAUUUUUCUCAUAAAUUGACUUCGUGAAGGUAAUGUUAAUGCAUGUGAGGCAAAUAACCUUUCCUGUACAUAGCAACAAGUGAACAGAUAUAUAUUGAGUUCUCCCUCCUUCCCUUUUU